CUUUGGCAUUACAGCUGUGCUCCUAUAAAACAGAUUAAACAGCAAAAGGAAUGUUGAAUGGAAAAGCUGUGUUAUUUCCACCUUGCAGGACUUACUGAAAUGAUCCUGGCUGGAUUAAAACAUGAGCUGAAACUCCCACAGGGAGCAUUAGUCUGAGUGAUUCACAUAAACACUCAAAGAAGUCAGUCUUGGUUGAGCUUCCUAGUCAAGUUGACUUUUAAGGGAGAUAAUCUUUCUGGGAGGAGGUCUGAAGAAAGGCAAGUUACAGGUGAUAAGAAAUGAGUGUGAUGAUGCACUGGUUGCUGCUUCUCCUUCUCCUGGUCAGCUUUGGCUCACCUGCACCCAGGUUUUCGGACAAAGAUAUCUGCCUCCUAGACAACAAUAAAUUGAGACAAAGGUUAAAACACCUUCAAGACUUGCUUUACUUAUAUGAAUUGCAGCUGAAGGACAUACUGGAGAACACUUACCACAGAACGAAAAGCCAACUGUUCUCAGGCAACAGGAGCAUGCAGCAUGAGACACUUUUACCCACAACCAGUGGAAAUUUGAUAGUGUAUGACCAAGAUACAUGGGAAGGAGAAGAGCUGACUGGUUGCCCUCACACCCAAAGAUAUCCCUUGGGGCUAGAGUCACUUAUCCCAGCUGUAGGCAGCUAUUACCCAGAUUGCUCGGCGGUGUAUGGCCGGAAGAGCACCACGAGUGGCUACUACCGCAUCAGGCCCAGAGCAGACCGAGAGCCUUUCCUGGCCUUCUGUGACAUGUCUGAUGGCGGCGGCUGGACCGUCAUUCAGCGGCGCAGUAACGGCAAGGAGAAUUUCAACAGGAAAUGGGAUGAUUACAAACUGGGAUUUGGGAAAUUCCAGGGCAAGAAUGAUGAAUACUGGCUGGGCAACGACUACAUCCAUGACCUGCUUGCUAGAGGAGAGAACUCAUUAAAGAUUGACCUGAUGGACUGGCAUGGGGAAAGACGUUAUGCAAUCUAUGAAAAUUUCCAGCUUGCAAAUGAGCAGGAAAAUUACAGGUUAUGGUUUGGGACCUAUUCUGGUAAUGCUGGCGACGCUCUGUCUGGUGGGAGCAAUUUUGAAGAUCAGUGGUCAGCUUCUCACAGAGGGAUGCAGUUCACCACAUUUGAUAAGGAUCACGAUCAGUUCCUGGCAGGCAACUGUGCAUCAGAGAAUAAGGGUGGCUGGUGGUUUAACAGGUGCCAUGCUGUAAACCUCAAUGGGCGAUACUACAAAAGAGGGAAGUACAGUGGACCCCAUGAUGACGGCUUGGUUUGGUCUACGUGGCACGGGAUGUGGUACUCACUGAAAUACUCAGCCAUGAAAAUCAGGGCUCCAUUCUUUAUCGACAGAGAGAGCGGAGAUGGUGAGAACAGUCAGGCCCGCUGAAACCUGCUGCUUUGGAAAGAGAAAAGCACCGGCUGAAAAGAGUGGUGUAAGUUGAUAGUCAGUGCUCUGCUGCUGCCAAUCACCAAACCUGCACUUGAUAGCUGGAAUUGCACCUGCUUCUGCUACCUGAAGCUAACAGCACAAAUUGUUUGAACACAGCCAGACAACAAUUUAAUAAAAACCAUAUAGAUCACAGUCAUGGAAUAACCAGAGAUUUCUUCUUCAGCAGUUUUCAAGAUUUUGUUGGAGAAUGUUUAUUGAAAGUUCUCUGGACUUAGAAGGAUCAAGCAUGUCCUUUAAUCAAUCUAUACUUUUCAAGGUCUAAACCCUUCUCAUCUUAACCAUCAGUGUUUCAGUUAUGAGAACAUCAGGAUAGAAAGAACAAGGGGAUGGGGAAUUGGACUUCAACUGGUGUGCCUUUGUUAGUGCUUUACUCUGCAUCAGAAGAAUGUUUUUAAGCAACUUUCCCUAUGGUUCUAAUUGCCACACUUCAGUUGCAGAGUGCUCCUGGACUGUGUGAAAGCAAACCUGUGCAUGGACAUGCUCCAACUGCUAAUCUGCAUCCAGACUAAGGCUGCUUCAAAGUAAACACCCACAAUAUGAACAGUGUGAGUUCCAUUCCAAAAGCUUCCUGCUGCAGAUCCACUGCUAGAGUAUAACACAAGACAUUAAAGCAGACAAAGUUUUAAACCCCAGAUUAAAACUGUGCAGAUUUUACUAAAAUUAAGGUGAAUGCAGAUAUUCCUAGGGGUUCCUAAAAUGCAGUAAUGAUUCUCCUGUACAUUCUCCUGUAAUUUACCAGAUGACUUUGCAUUAGUGGAGGAAUCAGAAAGUGGUUGAACCACAAGGCACACUGCUUUCACUGUCUCGCUGGGGUGAAAUGAAAGAGCAACACAAAUGAAAGAAACGGAAUACUGAAAAUUUAUUUUCUACAGCUGUUAAUAACAACAGUUAAAAAUGAACAGCGGAAUCAGCUUGAUGCAAAUAAUUUAACUGCCAUGCUGCAGAAUAAACCUGCUUCCUUUUUUUCUGAUUUAUAAUAAUUUUUAAACUGGUAUUUCUUUUCCAUUUAAUUGCUUUUAUAUCCAUACAUACUGUAAUUUGUAUACAUAUCGACAAAGAGUGAAAUAAAACCAUCUGAGUAGGACUUAA